AUGGACAAUGAUGCGAAGAAAUCGAUUGAGUGCGAGGUCGAGCUCGGCCAUGAUCUCGAAAUAGGACGAAGCGAGACAGUGCGAGACGACCGACGACCAGAUUCGCUGCGCGGUAUGAGCCAGGAGGAGAUUGCGGCUCUCAACAAGAAGCUUGUUCGAAAGAUCGACUUGAUCAUCUUACCCAUCAUCGGCAUCCUUUACAUCCUCAACUAUAUCGAUCGUCAAAACCUCGCUGCAGCAAAGUUGCAAGGCAUCAUGGAGGAUCUCAACAUGACGACUCAGCAGUUCGCUACGGCGGUUUCGAUCCUCUUCGUCGGUUACCUGCCAUUCCAGAUUCCCAGUAAUCUUUUGAUCACGAAAUUCCCGCGGCCAGGUCUUUAUAUCUGCGCGGCUGUAGUCAUCUGGGGAGGUAUCUCGGCAGCCACUUCGGCUGUCCGUACGUAUGGACAGUUGCUUGCCGUACGUGCCGUUCUCGGGGUUGCGGAAGCCGUCUUCUUUCCUGGCGCAAUCUACUAUCUCUCGGCCUGGUACACCAAGACAGAACUCGGGAAGCGCAUUGCUGCACUAUACAUCGCGCAACAAUUCGGAAACGCAUUCGGUGGGCUUCUGGCCGCAGCUAUCCUGCAACUCGACGGGGCACACGGCAUUCGGGGCUGGCAGUGGCUGUUCAUAAUUGAGGGAAGUGCGACGGUCGGUAUCGGGUCGAUCUGCGCUUUCUUCAUGCCCGAGUUUCCACACAACAGCCGCAUCCUGUCACAAGAGCAGCGGGACCUGGCAGUGUGGCGAAUCGAAUCAGAGUCAGGCGCUGCCGAAGGCACCGAGAAGGAGAGCGUACUGAAGGGCUUCGCGAAAGCAUUAGCGGAUCCAAAGCUCAUUCUACUAAUCCUCUGCAACAUGCUCUCGCAAGCACAAGGUUCAAUCGCCAACUUCUUCCCGACACUGGUCGCAUCGUUGAAUUUCAACCACACUAUCAGCCUGCUCCUUACCGCACCGCCGUACAUCCUUGCUGGAAUCGUCUAUUAUGGGCUCAUGUCGUGGUCGGAUCGCCGAAACACAGCGUACCCGAUCAUCGUGGCCUGCAUUGGGAUAGCCUGCGCCAUGUACAUCAUUCCCAUGGCCACACAAAAUGUCGGCGCACGAUAUUUUGCCAUGAUGGUACUCCCCUUCGCGUCUGUCGGACCCCAGCUUGUUCUUUACAAGACGAUCAAUCUGCAUCUAGCGCGACCCGUAGCGAAGAGAGCAGCGGCAUCUGCGCUGGUGAACGCCAUCGGAGGCACAUCUAACAUCUGGGCAUCGUAUCUUUACUAUGCGCCGCCGCAGUUUUACGCCGCUUUUGGUACGCUCAUGGGGUGUGCUUUUCUCUUUGCUGUCACGAUUACCGUGUACCGUUGGUUAGUCCUGCGUGAAAACAAGCGUCUGGAUUCUGGUAGACCCGAGGAGAUUGCAAAGGUUGUCAAAGGAGGAGUGACGGAAGAGAUGGUCAGGCUGAACUGGCGCUAUGAGAUGUAUUGA